CCACCCCUUUCCCACCAUUCCAGGAGGAUUUGGACCAGGAGAAGAUCCGGGAACUCGUCAUUUCCAUGAGGCAGCAAAUCCACGCCCAGAACGAGGCCGAGGUCGGGAAGCGCUGGAACUUCGAGGACGGGAUCAAGCGUCCGUAUUUCCACGUGAAGCCCCUGGAGCGGGCUCAGCUGCGGAACUGGCGGGAAUACCUGGACUUCGAGGUGGCCUCGGGGAACCACGAGAGAACCAUCGUCCUGUUCGAGCGCUGCGUCAUCGCCUGCGCCCUCUACGAGGAGUUCUGGAUCAAGUACACACGGUAUUUGGAGUCCCGGACGGUUCCGGGGGCCCGGAGUGUUUUCCAGAGGGCCUGUGGCUUCCACCUGCCCCGCAAACCCAACAUCCACCUGCUCUGGGCGGCCUUCGAGGAGAAACAAGGUCAGGGGGGACCCGGCACAUCCUGCGGGGCUUCGAGGCAGCGGUGCCAGGCCUGGUCAUGGUGCCUUGAGCCUGGGGACCCCAUAACCCCUCAUAACCCCCACAGGGACCCCCAUAACCCCUGA